AUGGGUAUCCUCAUGUUUGAAAAUAACGUUGCCAAUCGAUACGAGCAAACUGGAAAGAUGGAAGACCUGGAAGAGGCCAUUCAGAAGGCAUGGAAAGCAGUUAAUGCCACCCCAGAAGAUCAUUCAAUGUUUGCAGGCCGGUUAAAUAACCUGGCCAUAAACCUCUCGGCCCGAUAUUCCCUAACGGGAAAGAUCAGUGAUCUGGAAGACGCUAUUCACAAGGCACAAAGAGUGGUCAAUAUAACCUCAGAGGAUCAUCCAGAUUUUCCCGAUCGACUGAAUAUUCUUGGGGUCCUGCUCUAUGACCGGUAUAAUUAUACAGGACGGAUAGGUGAACUAGGAGAGGCUAUUCAAAUGGCACAGAGAGUGGUUGAUAUAGCCCCGGAGGAUCAUCCAGAUCUUGCAGACUGGUUGAUUAAUCUUUCCAUAAGCCUUUCAGCCAGAUACAAUCAAACUGGAACGAUGGAAGACCUGGAGGAGGCCAUUCAGAAGGCACGGAGAGCAGUCAACAUCACACCAAAAGACCAUCCAGAUCUUGCAACCCGGUUAAGUAACCUGGCCAUGAACCUCUCAGUCCGGUAUGACCGAACGAGAAGAAUGGAAGACCUGGAAGAAGCUAUUCAGAAGGCUAAGAAAGGAAUUGAUACCACCCCAGAAGGCCAUCCAGAUCUCGCGAGCCGGCUAUAUAACCUGGCUAUCAUGUUCUCAUGCCGACAUACUGAAACAGGCAAGAUGGAUGACCUGGAGAACGCUGUUAGAAAUGCGCAGAGAGUUAUCGAAAUAACUCCAGAAGACCAUCCGGACCUUGCAGACCGCCUGAUUAACCUCGCCAACAGGCUUUUGGAGAGAUAUAAUCGAAUAGGAAGGGUGGAAGAUCUUGAAGGGGCCAUUCAAAGGACACAGAGAGCAGUUGAAGCCAUCCCAGAGGAUAAUUCAGAUCUUGCCAAAUAUUUAAAUAACCUGGCGAUCAACCUCUCGGUCCGGUAUAACCGAACAGGAAACGUGGAAGACCUGAAAGACGCAAUUCAGACUGCAGAGAGAGCUGUGAACAUCACAUCAGAAAAGCAUCCAGAUUUCGCUGACCGGCUCAGUAACCUGGCUAACAGGCUCUACGACCGAUAUAAGCGAACAGGAAAGGUUGAAGACCUAGGAGAUGCUAUCCAAGAAACGCGACGAGCCAUAUCGGCCAUAUCACAAGACCAUCCACACCUCGCAGGCCAGUUAAAUAACCUGGCCGCCAUGCUUUCAGCCCGAUAUAGGCGAACAGGCAACGUGAAUGAUCUGGGAGAAGCUAUUCAGAAGGCGGAGACAGCUGUGAAUAUUACCACAGAAGAUCAUCCACAACUCGCAGGCCAGUUGGAUAAUCUGGCCGCCAUGUUCGCAGCGCGGUAUAAUCGAACAGGAAACGUGGAUGAUCUGCGAGAGGCUAUUCAGAAGGCAGAGAAAGCUGUGAAUAUUACCCCAGAAGACCAUCCAGAGUUCACCAGGCGGCUGAACAACUUAGGAAGUAGGCUUUCAGAUCGAUAUAAACGAACGGGAAAGCUUGAGGACCUAGAGGAGGCCAUUCAGAUGGCAGAGCGGAAAGUCAAUAUAACGCCAGAUGGUCAUCCCAACCUCACAGGUCUGCUAAGUAACCUGGCCCUCAUGCUCUCUGACCGAUAUAAGGAAACAGGAAAGAUAGAAGACCUAGAAGAUGCUAUUCAAAAAGCGGAGAGAGCUGUGAACAUCACUCCAGAAGACCAUCCAGAUCUUGCAGGUCGGCUGAAUAACCUCGCCAUUAUCCUCUCCGAUGGAUAUGAUCGAACAGGAAAGAUGCAAUACUUAGAAGGGGCUGUUCAGAAAGCACGGAAAGCAGUUGGUAUCAUUCCACAAGACCAUCCAGAUCUUGCAGCUUUAUUAAAUACCCUCGCCAACAAACUCUCAGCCCAGUAUGAUCGCAUGGGAAGGAUAGGUGACAUGGAAGAUGCCAUUAAUAUGGCACAAGAAGCAGUUAAUAUCACGCCAGAAGACCAUCCAGACCUUGCAAUAUGGUUGAGUAACCUGGCAAAUAGGCUCUCAGCCCGAUAUCAGCGAACAGGAAAUGUAGAUGACUUGGGAGAGGCUAUCCAGAAAGCACGGAUAGCAGUAGCCGUCACGCCUGUAGGUCAUUCAGACUUCGCAGGUCGGCUAAUAAACCUCGCGAAUAAGCUGUCGGCACGAUAUCAUCGAACAGGGAAAUUGACUGAUCUGGAAGAGGCUAUCUACGAAACACGGAGAGCAAUUGCUCUCACCCCAGAAGACCAUCUGGAUCUUGCAAACUGGUUAAAGAACUUAGCCAACAACCUCUCAAACCGAUAUAUGCGAACAGGAAAGAUACAUGACUUGCAAGAGGCAAUUGAGACGGCAAGGCAAGCAGUCGAUAUCACCCCGGAAGACCAUCCACAACUCGCAGGGCGGUUAAAUACACUGUCUGUCAACCUCUUGGCUUGGUACACUAAAACUGGAAGUAUAAAGGACCUAGACGAGGCCGUUCAGAAGGCAGAGAGAGUAGUCGGCAUCACCCCAGAUGACCAUCUCGAUCUUGCAUGGUGGCUGAACAAUCUCGGCAACAGUCUUGCAGUCCGAUAUGAUCGAAAGGGAAGGAUAGAAGAACUGGAAGAGGCCAUCCAGAACUUACAGCGAGCAGUUGAUAUCACUCCCGAAAACCAUCCAGAUCUUGCAGGGCGGUUGAGGAACCUUGCUGACAGGCUCUCCGCCCGAUAUUAUCUGCUGAAUGAGCAACAAGAUCGACUCGUCGCCAUUAAGAACUACGUACGAAGUUACAACUGCCUGAACGCGAUACCUUCACACCGAAUGGGGUCAGUCUGUCGCGCCAUUGAGCUUCUAGCUAACGGUCAUGACUACCAAACCGCUGGCUCCUUAGCUGAAAAGGCCCUUCAUUUGCUGCCUCUGGUAUGUGGCCGCUCAUUGAACCGAGAUGACCAGCAGCAUGCCAUCACUCAGACAACUGGCCUUGCUGCAGUAGCUUGUUCACUUCUCCUCAAAACGGCGGGAGACCCCGCAAGUGGAGUAGAGUACCUGGAGCAAGGGCGCGGACUCAUUAUCGGCUAUCUUAUUGACAGCCGUAGUGAUAUUUCAGACCUGGCUGAAAGAUAUCCAGAUGAAGCAAAGGAAUUUGACCGGCUGCGGUAUAAGGCCUCUGCUCCCAUCAGCGUCGACUGUCCUCCUGAACUCAAAAUGCAACUAUCACAGGAACGUGACGAGGCUGUAUCUGACCUAGAAAAGUACUUGCAACAUAUCCGAACAUAUUUGCCUGGAUUUGAGAGAUUUCUUUUGUCUCCUUCGUCUAACGACUUGAAGCUUUGCGCUGCUGAUGGUCCAAUUGUGAUUGUCAAUGUUACAUCUAUCAGCAGCGAUGCUCUAAUAAUCUCAAUAUCAGAUAUCAAACAUAUCCCUCUACCCAACUUUCCUGCGGAUAAGGUGAGACAGUACCGCCCAUGGAGGUUGACCAAGAGUUCGCCCCGCGACAUUGAGGCGGAAAUGGAAGGGUGCUUGGGUCAAGAUGCCGAGUUUCAGCAAUUCUUGAGAUUUUUGUGGUCAAAUUGUGUUCGUGUAAUACUGGAUGAUCUGGGCUUUCUUCACUGUCCGAGCGAUCUAGAGCUUCCCCGAAUUUGGUGGAUUGGCACGGGGUCGGCCAGCGCUCUUCCAUUUCAUGCGGCCGGAGAUCAUCAGAAGGGGUCAACCGAAAAUACUUUCAGUUGUGCUGUUUCCUCUUAUACCCCAUCCAUCAAGACAUUGCGGUAUACUCGAGAGAAGGCAGCCGUUGAGCACAAUGCGCAGUCAUUGUUGCUAGUAACCAUGCCUGAGACGCCAGGACAACCCCCUCUUCCAGGGGUCAGGGCAGAGGCCGAAGCUAUCCAGGAAAUUGUGGAAAAGCCUCAUGUCAUGCAGUUGGUAGAUCGGCCUAAUGGAGAAACGGUUCUUCAGGCACUCAAGACCUGCACUAUCGCGCAUUUUGCGUGCCAUGGGUCGUCCGACUUGAGAGACCCUUCCAACAGUUACCUGGCACUGCAAGGGCCGGGCUCCGCUCCUGAUCAACUCACGGUGCAGAAGAUCUCGGACUCCCACCUUGGACAGGCGUGGCUUGCCUAUCUUUCUGCUUGCUCGACAGCUGAAAACCAAGUGCCUGACUUAGCAGAUGAAGUGUUGCAUCUAGCGAGCGGCUUUCAGGUAGCAGGAUUCAGGCAUACAGUGGCAUCCAUGUGGCCAUCCAAUGAUGACAUAUGUGUACAGGUGGCGAGCGUUUUCUAUCAAGAGCUUCUGAUGAAGGGGCGAAUACAGGAGGGAAGCCGGGGGGUGGCAGUUGCAUUACAUAGCGCCGUGGCGCAUGUCCGCGCACAAGCCCUGGAACAGCCGUAUUUGUGGGCGCAAUAUAUCCACCUCGGUGCAUAG